AUGACUUCACUAGGAUCCAAACUCCGGUUCCUGGUGAUUGCAGGGGUUGGAUUCUUUGCAGAUGGCUAUCUGAAUUUGACCAUUGGCCUUGUGGUACCAAUAUUGGGCUAUCUAUAUUUCGAGGAGACUAAAGGUUCCAUCCCUGCUGUUGAUGGCGAUGUCAUGAAAGGCGGGUUAAGCUUGGGUAUGGUCGUCGGACAGAUCAUUUUUGGCAUUUUGGGAGACGCCUGGGGACGACACACCAUUUACGGAAAAGAACUGCUCAUCACAAUUCUGGGGACCUUCAUUUUGAUCAUGAUGCCAUGGAAGAGCAUGUCCCCUAGUGCUGUUACUGCUUGGGUGUCUGUUUGGCGUGUGGUAACUGGUGUUGGCAUUGGAGCCGACUACCCUCUGUCGUCCUCUUUAUCUGCUGAACAUUCCCCAUUGGGGUCUCGUGCCGUUCAAGUGCUAACGGUGUUUUCAAACAUUGGACUUGGGAAUUUCUCUGCCAGUAUUGUCUUCCUUGUCUUGCUCCGAGCCUUCAAGGGAGCUAUAGCGUCCGACCUGUACCAUCUGCAGUGGGUGUGGCGUCUUCACCUCGGUAUUGGCAUUAUCCCCGCUGCAUUGACAUUAUACGCUCGAUUAACUAUUGGAGAAACUGCCCCGUAUCGACAGUACGUGGCCGAUGCUGCUGGAGGCGAAAAACGUGGACUGAAAGAGCAAUGGGCCGAUUUCUGUGAUUACUUCAAAGAGUGGAAGCACGUCAAGAUUUUGUUCGCAACCAGUGCGUCCUGGUUUCUCUUUGAUAUUGCGUACUACGGACUCAACCUGAACCAAAGCAUCAUUCUGGCCAAAAUCGGCUACUCAACAGGCUCCACACCCUGGGAGAAGCUAUGGAAAACUGCUAUUGGAAACCUGAUUGUCCAGGCGGCGGGCUACCUUCCCGGCUUUUACGUCGGUAUUUUCCUUCCAGACUAUAUCGGACGCGUCCGUCAGCAAUUCUACAGUUCAAUCAUCACCUGCAUCCUAUACGCAAUUUGGGCUGGCAUUAGUGCUCCUAGCGCACAUACCUCCACCGCCGGGCUGAUGGUAAUUUUCACGAUUGGUCAGUUUGUCAUCUGUGCCGGUCCCAACGUCACGACUUUCUUGAUUCCUGCUGAAGUCUUCCCAACCCGUGUUCGUGGUACCGCACACGGUAUCUCUGCCGCAGCAGGAAAAUGCGGUGCCAUUCUCACAGCGUUUGCCUUUGGCACGGUUGAAGACGCCAUUGGAUUGAGCGGAAUUCUUGGUCUGUUUUCGGGAAUCAUGUUCCUCACGGCUCUAAUAACGUUGAUGAUUCCGGAGACAAAGGGACAGACGCUAGCUGAAAUCGAGGGAUGUGGGUUGCCCGGCGGAUCGCCCAAUCUGGAGUCGUCAACGGAUGUGGAUGGAAUCAGCCCUUCAAUUAAGGCUCAAGACGCUGGAGAUGGGGUGGGGAAGGUGACUUCUAUGUCAUAUCCCGUGUAGAUCGUAGAGGUCCGUCUUUCUUUCUGUAUGAGACAAGGAUAGAGGUCAAUUUUUUC